CUCCCUCCGGUUCGCGGGAACCGGGCUGGGUGUCCGAGCUGGGGCGCAGAGCGGCUGCUCUCGGGCGGAAGGUCACGUGCGCCGGCCCGGGUCCCGGGAAGGAGGCGACCCGCCGCAGUCGCAGAGGAGCCGCCUCCCUGCGGCCGGACGCGCGGGGCCGCUCCGAGAACACUUGUUGCUGGGUUGGUGGUGCAGGUGUGUAUCCCUGCCACCGGAGGCUGCAGGAGAAGAUAAAAGUUCAAGCCUAUCUGGGCUACUUAGCAGGCUCACAGGCAGCACCUUGAUAGUGAGUUCCUAAGAAGAAAAUAAUGAACUGCAUAUUGGUUGUUCUUUAAGUGUUUGGAGUCAAGAGUACACAGGUCUGUUGCCAAGGCCGAAGAAGAUGGCAACCCCCUACGUCCCAGUUCCUAUGCCAAUAGGAAACUCUGCUUCCAGUUUUACAACCAACAGAAAUCAAAGGAGUUCUUCUUUUGGUAGUGUCUCAACAAGCUCAAACUCUUCCAAAGGCCAAUUAGAAGACUCAAAUACGGGUAAUUUUAAGCAGACGAAUGUUCAGGAUCGGAUGGACAGUACAUCAUCGGUCUGUGGUAGUCCUCUCAUUAGGACUAAAUUUACAGGUACAGAUUCAUCCAUUGAAUAUUCUACUAGACCAAGAGACACUGAAGAGCAGCAUCCUGACACAGUGAACUGGGAAGAUAGACCUUCUACACCUACAAUUCUGGGCUAUGAAGUUAUGGAAGAGCGAGCCAAAUUUACCGUAUAUAAAAUACUAGUAAAGAAAACCCCAGAAGAAAGCUGGGUAGUUUUCAGAAGGUACACCGACUUCUCUAGGCUUAAUGACAAAUUAAAAGAGAUGUUUCCAGGCUUUCGAUUAGCACUUCCUCCUAAACGCUGGUUUAAAGAUAAUUACAAUGCAGACUUUUUAGAAGAUAGACAAUUAGGAUUACAAGCAUUUCUCCAAAACUUAGUAGCCCACAAGGACAUUGCUAACUGCCUUGCAGUGAGAGAAUUUCUUUGUCUGGAUGAUCCGCCAGGUCCAUUUGAUAGCCUAGAAGAAAGCAGGGCAUUCUGUGAGACUUUGGAAGAGACUAACUACCAUUUACAGAGAGAACUGCUGGAAAAGCAGAAAGAGGUAGAAUCCCUGAAGAAACUGCUCGGGGAAAAGCAGCUUCACAUAGACGCACUGGAGAACAGAAUGAGAACACUGUCCUUAGAACCUGACGCAUCACUGUAUGUAGCAGGAGCAGAAGGUGGACAGAUCCUAAGGGUGGAGUCCUCUGUACUUCAAAUCAACCGGGAUGUCUUGGAUGAAGACUCUAGAGCUAAUAAUAAGGCACACUUCAACUCCAGAGAAGCCAGAAGUGUGGCGGCAGCGGCGGCAAUCACAGACAUAGAAGUCGCACAGUUGGCGUACAGUGUUGAAGAUGACUGACACUGUGACAGCUCCCGCCAUUCUGACAUCUCAGCAGAUUUGCGGCAGAGUGGCAGAUCCCACCGCAAAGACUGAACCGGAAGAGAGCAAGAGUGCACGUGUACAAAGUUUACAUAAAGUCUCUUUAAGUUAUUGGAAGAAGAACUGUA